CACGCGUUUUGUCAAUUUUUUCUCGGUUCUUGGGGUGAAUUUAAUUAAGUAUUGUGGUGAUUCUCGUUCAACUGUAUUAGUAGAGGUUUUUGAUUAAUUUCAUUACUCACAACCAUGAAAGCUAAGGGAGAAUUGAAAGAAUAUGAGGUCAUUGGGCGUAAAUUGCCCACAGAGAAGAUUAAGCACACACCUCUUUACAAAAUGAGGAUUUUUGCUCCGGAUCCCAUUGUUGCCAAAUCCAGAUUCUGGUAUUUCUUGCGUCAACUUAAGAAGUUCAAGAAAUCGACUGGAGAAAUCGUAUCUAUGAAGCAGGUCCCAGAAAAGUCUCCCUUGAAAAUCAAAAACUUUGGUAUCUGGUUGAGAUACGAUUCCAGGUCAGGCACCCACAACAUGUACAGAGAAUACAGAGAUUUGACUGUUGGUGGAGCUGUUACUCAGUGCUACAGGGAUAUGGGAGCUCGCCAUCGUGCCAGGGCUCACGCCAUACAGAUAAUUAAGGUAGAGGUCGUCAAGGCCAAAGACUGUAAAAGGCCUAAUGUCAAACAAUUCCACAACUCUACAAUCAAAUUCCCCUUGCCCAAGAGAAUCGCACACCGUAACAGAAUGCCCUUGUUCAGUGUUCGCAAGCCAAGGACUUACUUCCUUUAAGAUCUAUUGGAUUUUUAUUUAAUACCGUUGUAACAUCUUGAUACAAGGAAAUAAAAAUUAAUGUACUUUAUUUUAAAA